AUUUUUAGACGGUCCCUUUCUGAUGACCCUAAUAUAAAAGGCUGGUACCUGCGUUUUUAGAAUUUCAGCUAUAGACAGCUUUAACAGGAGAUACUUGCUGAAAACAUAUAUUCAGUUUUGCUUGGUUCUAGUUCUUCUCCAGAGUUCAACUGGUGCAACUAGCUGCAGCCAAAUUUCAUAUAGUCUAUACAGAGAGGGACACUGAAAUGGAGACAGGGUCCACUGUGCGUGCUGUGAAGAGCUUAAAGGUUUUGAUUGGGGACGAGGUUCGACCUGCACUCAUCACCAUAAUGGAUGGGAAGAUUCAUAACAUCCUGACUGAUCCAAGCACUGCUGCACAAGAAGGUGGAGAGGUGCUGGAUGUGGGUGACUGUGUGGUUAUGCCAGGUUUAGUGGACUGUCAUGUUCAUGUCAAUGAACCUGGCCGUACUUCUUGGGAAGGCUACAGGACUGCAACACAAGCAGCAGCAGCAGGAGGGGUGACUACUAUUGUAGACAUGCCCCUCAAUAGCAUACCACCAACAACAAGUCUUGUGAACUUCCAUGAAAAGUUGCAAGCUGCUACUGGGCAGUGUUUUGUGGACACAGCGUUCUGGGGUGGUGUUGUCCCUGGGAACCAGUUGGAGCUGAGACCCAUGGUACAGGCCGGAGUGGCUGGAUUCAAGUGCUUUCUCAUCCACAGUGGAGUUGAGGAAUUUCCUCAUGUUAGCGAGAAGGACCUGCAUGCUGCAAUGAAGCAACUCCAGGGCACAAAAAGUGUUUUACUGUUUCAUGCAGAACAGGAGGUCCAUCCACCUGCCGCAGCAGAGGAGGGGGAUCCAUGUGAAUACUCAACGUUUCUGAGAUCCAGACCGGAUGUCAUGGAGCUGGAGGCCAUUCGGACUGUAACACAACUCUGCCUUCAGUACCAAGUGAGAUGCCACAUUGUUCACCUGUCAUCAGCCGAGCCUCUGGGGCUGAUUCGAUCAGCUCGACAGGCUGGAGCUCCAUUAACAGUGGAGACAACACACCACUAUCUCACCCUGAACUCAGAGAACAUCCCAUCAGGGGCCACACAGUUCAAGUGUUGUCCUCCUAUUCGGAACAGAGCCAACCAGGAGCAACUGUGGUGUGCACUAAGAGCUGGUGAUAUUGACAUGGUCGUAUCUGAUCACUCACCUUGUACUCCUGACCUGAAGUGGUUGGACAGUGGGGAUUUCACCCAGGCAUGGGGUGGCAUUUCUUCUCUGCAGUUUGGUCUGCCUUUGUUUUGGACCUCAGCUCAUAAGAGAGGUUUUGCUUUUCCUGAUGUUGUAAAACUCCUGUGCAAAGAACCUGCACGUCUCUGUCGCCUUGACAACAAAAAAGGCAGUCUCAUGCCAGGAUAUGAUGCGGAUUUAGUCAUCUGGGAUCCAGAGAAGAAAUUUACAGUAAAAGAGAAAAAUAUACAUUUUAAAAAUAAACUGACUCCAUAUCGGGGCUUGACUUUAUGUGGGGAAGUGAAGGGUACAAUCGUUCGAGGAAAACUUGUGUACUUCAAUGGCUCCUUUAGUCCUCAGCCACUAGGACAGAAUUUACUCAUAAAUCAGACUCAAUCAGAAUAAAUCAGGCUUCCCUGUGGAACUCCUUCAAUUCAACCACUUGCAGAUGUAAGUCACUGUGGAUAAGGACGUCUGCCAAAUGCUGUAACUGUACAUUUUACAAUAUAAUAUAGUUAAAUCAGAUUCACGAGUAAUGCAUUAAGGGCCACAGUUAAAACCACAAUAUAAAUAACUCAAUAAAGAAGGUGUGAUUUAUGGCAAUAAAUGAUAUUGAUUACCGGAUAACUGAAAACAUUAGUGGCAAGAAAGCAAAGCUCUGUAUUUUAGUUUUAGUUCCUCUGCCUCUCUAAAGUCAUGUUUGUGUUAGAGGGGGAAUAAGUUAAUGAUUGACAUGCAGUGAUCACCGAAGCAUGUAAUUUGUAAUCGAAUAUGUAAACACCAUCCUAUAAUUCCUUCUUAAAGUAUUUACAUCAGAAAAUGUAAAUGUUCAUCUUCAUACAUAAUAAAUUGAAUACCUGUAAAAUUUUCUAUUUUAAAAAUCCUUUGGCAAAAGUCAGUACCUUCAAUAAAUUCCAAAAUAAAUGCCACAGA